AUGGUCAACCGAAAUGCAGAACACCCGCCCCUGAUUGCCCAAUUCACAAUGACACGGGCAGCCCCUUUCAAAGAUCAGAGGUUUCAUCGGCCACCGAGUCAAACUAUCGGUAGCAAUUUUUCUCCAGCGGCAGCCCAUUUGCAACUUGAUCGUCUGCCACAGGUUAGGGUCGCCCCGUUGCCUUCCAUUCCAUCCAAACGGUCUCGAAUGGAAAAGCCCGAGGAAACAGGAGCGACAGAAAGGCCACGAUCGCCGUCCUCUCAACUGAAUGAAAUGAAACGGCAGGAAGCGGAAUUUCGUACGAGGAUAUGCGAACCUUCGGAACGAGAUGUCGAUCGUCUCCUAUAUUACAUGAAUGAUGGCAUUCCAGGAGAUAUGCUAGCUGAACCACCAGAUCGCCUGUGGACGGAGGUGAAGCGCCUAGUACCAGAGCGAUUGGUGACUGCCUGGAAGUCUCUUCACGAUGAGCUUCUUGAAGAAAUCGGUCAGGGCUACGAAAUGGCAGUACGCAGGGCAAUAGUCGAAUAUAUUCUGAUGGACCCGGAUGAACGUCGCCGACUGUUCAUUGGGUGGUUAUUGGUCCCUCACCCGAUCUACGUCAUUCGACCGCCAGUUCCGUGGCAUGAGAGCGCUGUGAGCAGUGCCAAGUUCUGUGCCAAUAACUUGUAUGUGCCCUCAGCCAUGAGUUUGGCCCUCAAUAUCUUGUGGCAUACCAAAUGGAUCCCGGACUGCGCGAAAGCUUUCAUUGAACGACGCGCUACUUGGUGUCAUCUGCUUCCGGAGACAGCUGGGGGCAGUACGGCCAAAGUGCACAAGUUCUUCGCCAGCAUAGAGGCCCUGAUGUCCUUACAGUUGAGGAGCAUAGUGGAGGCAUCAAUUUACGAACUAACAGAGUUUCUUGAGGAGUACAAGGUAUGGCUCACUUGUCCAUAUCUACUCUUACUGCCUGCAUCCAGAAUCGCCAAACGGGUUUCCAUCAAACUACGACGAGAUGCUCUUUUUGAAACGGCCAGUUCUUCUGAUUAA